UUGGAAGCGUCCGCCCCGCCCCUGCUGCCCGGCCUCCCCCGCCGGGCGCCAUGGCCGCUGCGGCCGGGGACGGCGCGGCGAAGCCACUGCAAAGCGCCAUGAAACUGGCCAACAAGGCCAUCGAGCUAGACACCGGCAACCGGCCCCGGGAAGCGUACAUGGAAUACCUGAGGAGCAUCCGCUACAUCUCCCAGGUGUUGCUCGAAGACGUGGAAAACACUACAGAAGCUGGGGAAACCGUGCCCCCUGAGACCUCAAAGAUGCUGAAGCUGGCUGAACAGUGUCUGGAGCGGGCCCAGUCAACAGCUACCAAACUUGGGAAAAUCUGCCUGAAGCCAUCCAUACCUGCAGCCCCUCCCGUGCCCUUGCCCACCAGCCGACACCGCCGAGUGUGUUCAGAUGAAGGGGGGAAGCUCUCUCCUUUCCUGCCCCCUGAGAUCUUCCAGAAGCUGCAGGUGGCAGAAUCGCAGAACUCUAAGAAGGAGCUAACACCACUGGAGAAGGCCUCCCUACAAAACCAGAAGCUGAGGGCCACAUAUGAGGCCCGGAUGGCCCGUCUGGACCCCAGCCAGGCCAUGCAGAAGACAUCACUGACCCUGUCUCUACAGCGGCAGUUGAUGGAGAAUCUGGUGAUCGCCAAAGCAAGAGAAGAGACACUGCAGCGGAAGAUGGAGCAGCGCCGCCUGCGACUUCAGGAGGCUGCCAACAGGAGGUUCUGCAGUCAAGUUGCUCUGACCCCAGAGGAGCGGGAGCAGCGAGCCCUGUAUGCUGCCAUCUUGGAAUAUGAGCAAGACCAUGACUGGCCAAAGCACUGGAGAGCCAAGCUUAAGCGGAGCCCAGGGGACCUGUCGCUGGUGACCAGCCUGGUCUCCCACCUGCUCAGCCUUCCUGAUCACCCCAUUUCCCAGCUCCUGAAGAAGCUCCAGUGUGCAGUAUACAGUGCACUGUACCCUGUUGUGAGCCGGGCUGCUAUCUGUGCUGUGCCUGCCCCAGGCAGCUGCUCCCUGCCCCCAGAAGCCAAUGGCCUCCUAGCUCCCGGGAGCCGGCGACUUCGGUCCUCCCAGAGCCUCUACUGCAUGCUUUCCCCCUCAGAGCCCAGUGCAGCCCCAAGAGCUCUGGACGGACCUCCUUCCACACCUUCUAUCCCCACACUCCACUCAGGCACCCUGGACAGAGAGGCAGAUGGCAGCCCAGCAGGGCCCUCCUCACCCCUGGUGGGUGCUUUACCCCACCUGCCAGACAAGGACAGCUCCUUUGAGGACCUGGAACAGUUUUUGGCUAUGUCUGAGCCACAGACCCCAGGAGCAAAGAGGGAGCCCUUGCUGGAAUGUCUGAAGAGCACAGUAAAGGACAUUCACAAUGCCAUCGACAGACUGCUCUCGCUGACCCUAUUGGCCUUCGAAAGCCUGAAUACAGCCACCUGCAAAGACCGCUGCCUGGCAUGCAUCGAGGAGCCCUUCUUCUCCCCACUGUGGCCCCUGCUGCUAGCCCUCUACAGGAGUGUGCACCGUACCCGGGAGGCUGCUGUGCGCAGGAGCAUGGAGCUGUACAGGAACGCACCCCCUACAGCCCUUGGCGUCCCCACCAAGCUCCUCCCACGCGUCCCUGAGGCUCAAGCCUCCACCUACCCCUACUGCACCGCAGCCCAGGAACUGGGGCUGCUGGUCUUGGAGAGCUGCCCUCAGAAGAAGCUGGAGUGCAUCGUGCGGACUCUGCGGGUCAUCUGCAUCUGUGCAGAAGACUACUGCCGUGCCCAAGAGGCCAGGCCUGAGGGUGGAUCCCAGCCCCCGGCUGCUGCCAUUGGUGCUGAUGACUUGCUGCCCAUUCUGUCCUUUGUGGUGCUGAGAAGUGGCCUCCCCCAACUAGUAUCAGAGUGUGCAGCCCUGGAGGAAUUCACUCAUGAAGGGUACUUGAUUGGAGAAGAAGGGUACUGCCUGACAUCACUGCAGAGUGCUCUGAGCUAUGUGGAACUUUUGUCCCGGGGACGGCUGGACAAGUAGUGGUGGCUGGACCUCACAGACCAAAGGAGCCACAGGGCCUCCAUACUGUUCUUUGUAUCUGGUUUGGGGACACUGGAGGCCAGCCUGCUGUGGUGGUAAUCUAGCUUGCCCACCUUCUUUACCAUAGAUCUGACCUGGAGGCCUCGGGCAGUGCCUCUUGGCAGGACAUGGCUGCUGAAUCAGGCUUGCUCUGUCUUGAGCCUGCCUCUCAAACCCCAUAGGAGAAAUCUGUAGCUGCUGCUCCUUGGGGAGCCUGCAACACUGAAGGGGCUUCAGUAAAC